AUGGUGUCAUAUGUCGACCUUAGGUUCCUCAUGGGGCUUCAGCUGCGCCCUGUGAUUGACGUCUUGGAUUCGACGUACCGUUCUGUUCUCAUCCCCAACAAGAACGUGACCAUCGAUGAGAGCUUGUGGGCCUUCAAGGGUAGGCAUCAGGCCCUUCAACAUAACCCUAGUAAGAGGGCUCGGAGGGGCCUGAAGGUCUACAAGUUCUGCUCGUCCAACGGUCCAGAGGCAGGGUAUAUGACGGCCUUCAAUAUCCACAAGGGGCAAGACCACAGCAAGUUUCCUGCGAGUAUGAAGGCCAUCGACAACCUGAUGGAGAAGGUAGAGCUGUAUGACAAGGGGUAUCAGUUGUACACAGACAACUGGUAUUCCUUUCCGACUCUUUUUCACUACCUGCAGGCCCGGAAAACCAGCGCAGUUGGUACAGUCCGUACCAACAGGCAGGGUAUGCCCUCGGACCUGCAGGAGAGUCAGGGACAAAUCGAUUUCCGGAGUAACAACACCAGAAUGCUCUGCCUGCAGUGGGUAGACAAGCGUCCUGUGACAAUGCUAUCCACUGCUCACACCUCAAAGGUCAUUACCCUGCCUCCCAACCGCCAAGGGGUGGAGAGGUCAAACCCUGAAGUUGUAGCCUGUUACAACAACGGGACGAAGGGCGUCAAUCUCUCGGAGCAGCUAGCACAGUCAUAUCCAGCGACUAAGAAGACCAUCAAGUGGUACAAGGUGUCUUUCUACCUGCUGGAUAUGACAACCAAAGACUAUUAA